CCGAGACAAGGCAAGAAGUCUCUCAUCAACAGGAUCACAUAGCAACCAUGAGGUCUCUGGUCUUUGUUCUGCUCAUCGGAGCUGCCUUUGCCACCGAGGACGACAAAAUCGUCGGAGGGUAUGAGUGCACACCCCACUCCCAGGCCCAUCAGGUGUCUCUGAACUCUGGGUACCACUUCUGUGGUGGCUCCCUGGUCAACGAGAACUGGGUUGUGUCUGCUGCUCACUGCUACAAGUCCCGUGUGGAGGUGCGUCUUGGAGAGCACAACAUCAGGGUCACCGAGAACACCGAGCAGUUCAUCUCCUCCUCCCGUGUCAUCCGCCAUCCCCGUUACAGCUCUUACAACAUCGACAAUGACAUCAUGCUGAUCAAGCUGAGAACCCCCGCCACCCUGAACCAGUAUGUGCAGCCUGUUGCUCUGCCCACCAGCUGUGCCCCCGCUGGCACCAUGUGCACAGUCUCUGGCUGGGGCAACACCCAGAGCUCCACUGCUGACAGGAACAAGCUGCAGUGCCUGCAGAUCCCCAUCCUGUCUGACAGGGAUUGUAAAAACUCCUACCCUGGCCAGAUCACCAAUGCCAUGUUCUGCGCUGGAUACCUGGAGGGAGGCAAGGACUCUUGCCAGGGUGACUCUGGUGGCCCCGUGGUGUGCAACGGUCAGCUGCAGGGUGUUGUGUCCUGGGGCUACGGAUGUGCUGAGAAGGACUAUCCUGGUGUCUACGCCAAGGUCUGCAUCUUCAACGACUGGCUGGAGAGCACCAUGGCUUCUAAUUAAGUCUGACCCUGCGAUCUCCAUUGUGCUCUGCUGCCUUUCUUCUAUCAUUCUAACAACAAUACUGUUGUAGAGUUUUGAACAAUGUGCAGCCUUUAGUCUUUAUCA